AUGGUGCGCCAUAAAACCAAAGGAAAAAAAAUUAAAACAUCCAAACAAAAAUCUGAAACCAAAGUCAUGAAUAAAACUACAGCAAUGGUCAAGAAAAAUCACAUACUCCAAGAAAUUACAUCUCUUCAAAAGACGACUCAUUUACUCAUUCCAAAGCUACCAUUUGCUAGACUUCUCAAAGAAAUUCUGAAUGAUUUGUUUCCUCGAAAUAAUAGUUUUAAAUUACAACUCACUGCAUUAGAAGCUCUUCAAGAAGCUGCAGAAAUGUACCUUGUUCAGUUUUUUGAGGAUGCAUAUCUUUUGUGUUUACAUAAUAAACGAGUGACGUUAAUGCAAAAAGAUAUGAUUUUAUUGAGGAGGAUACGUGGUCGUAAUGAUAUUAUCAAUAGAUAG